UAUUAUUACAAGCUCUUCCAUCACACGUUUCUGGAUUUUCUUUGUUGAGAAUUUUUGAAAAAUCAAUGGCGGAAGAAAUUGAGAAAUCUGUACCGGUGGAGGAACCUUCUCUGAUGGAGAAGAUCUCUGAGAAGAUUCACCAUCACGAUUCGUCUUCAUCGUCUGAAUCCGAAUACGAGAAACCGGAUUCGCCUUCGGCUGUCAAGGCUAAGAUCUAUCGUAUGUUUGGUAGAGAGAAGCCUGUUCAUAAGGUUCUUGGUGGUGGAAAGCCUGCUGAUGUGUUCUUGUGGAGGGAUAAAAAGCUGUCAGCUGCUGUUCUUGGUGUUGCAACUGCUAUUUGGGUUCUGUUCGAGCUUGUUGAGUAUCAUUUGUUGAGUCUUUUGUGUCACAUUUCCAUACUCGCUCUUGGUGGCCUCUUUUUAUGGUCUAAUGCUCACACAUUUAUCAACAAGAGAUAGUGUUGUGGUGAAAGUGGCUCCUGGGACGGUGGUGAGACAGGCUAGAGAUGUUUAAAGAGCCCUCCAUCUCAAAAAUACAAGCAAUUGUUCUUGUUGUUGUAAAGAGCAUGGUAAAGAACAUCUAGCACUAGAGAUUGACAUUAGCAGAGCCUUUUCUGUAUCUCCAUCCAUUCUUCGUUGGAUCAA